AUGAGAAGACAGGAACUGGCCUGGAUCCCACCUCCGAUAGUCAAGAUCGCCCAUCCUGUCAAGUGUAUCGUCUGCAAUGAAGCCGUCGGUUGCCGUCCGUUUCAGAAUUCUCUUCUCAUUCUUCCUGGACUGUUAUAUCUUUCUGAGCUCAUGAAGCUCUGGAAGAGACGAACUUCCUUCCUUGACUUCUCUUCCUUUCCCAACGUGGCAGAGAAGUGUCGAAGGGGCUGCAAGCGGAUUUCGCCACAAGAAACUCCUCUCAUAAAUCCUCCAGGUAUUAUCUUCCAGAACCAUUCCGGACAGGGAGAUUCCACGGAUUGCGCCAGUGAAACUCGAGAAGAAUCGGCGUCUCUCGCGGAAUCCACAGAGAGUUCCACUCUUGUGGAAUCGGAUGCGCCAUCCGCUCCGAGUCAGCCUGAAGGAGAAGCCGAGGAUGUAAAUAGUGUUUCUCUAACGGUGUCCCGGACGCAUCAAUUUGCUAUCAAGAGCAACUGGGAGGAACUGCUUGAGCUCAUGGACGUGGAAAGAGUAGAGAACCAUAUGAUCUCCAAGGAUAAGCUACCAUUACACAAGUGGGAGGAGUUGAACAUGGAGAAGGUGAAAAAGAAGAGGCGAAGCGUCCUCCUUCACUAUGUUCAUAGCACAGAUGAGGAUGUCUUCCUCGCAUUCCAAGAUUGGCUCGUCGCCGCAGGUCAAGCAUACCUGGCAGAAAAGUUGCAUCCCUGAUCGACGACGUGGGCUUUGAAAUGGGCCAGUGCCAUACCUCCGUGAUUUCCACUUUUAGUCUCAUUUGAUUGGAGGCCUCUUUUUUUAUACGCCAUGUACCUGUGAUUGUUAUCCACUUGAGUCCACUUGUUGAUUCUGUAUGCCAUCUCUUCUUUUACUAGAAUUUGAUCAGAUUA